AUGGCCCGCCAUAGCCGAAGCAAGAAGGACGGAGCCAUCAUCAUCAACUUCUUCUUCGGCUUCCACUCUCAGCAUGUCACCUUGUGUGGCUUGUGGCCACUGUGCUUAGUGGUGGAAGAAGCAGAAGAUAAGCGUGAAGCGGUCCACGUUCUGACAGCCGUUGACCUGUUGAGAAUGCAGAUUGGUGUUCUCUUGUAUCUGCUUUCCGUAUUCUCUUGCAUAUUGCCUUCUCAGUCAGGCCGCAGACUGAAUAUCUUUGUGCGUCACUUCGAACCAUUGACGUACGACCAUCGCCCCGUCCAUAGCAACCACAUACGAGCCAAGCGUUCGCUCUCGAACGACAAUCAUGUGCACGUUCGCUUUUCCGCUCACAAUAGGGAUUUCCACCUCCGCCUCACUCCGGACACGACGGCCUUCCACAAGAACCUUACCGUGCAGACAGCAACAGAGGGAGACCUACUAGUUGAUAUGGGCCACAUUUACACGGGGAAGGUUGCAGGCGAUCCGUCCAGCUUUGUUUAUGGUGCGCUCCACGAUGGGAUUUUUGAAGGCGGGAUCGAUACAUCCAACGGCAGCUAUUACGUUGAGCUAGCCACAAAAUACUUCGAACACCCGACGUCCUUCCAUUCCGUGCUCUACUCUGCAGGCGAUGUCGAAUACCCGCACGGUGGGACAAGUUUUUGUGGGCUCAGCGGUAACAAGGAAAGUUUGAUGGACGAGCUUGAAGAGGAGAGCCAACAACGCCGCACGGAACACAGUCGCGACCUUCAUAGGCGGAUAGGACGUCGCCUUCACACGAGCGAAGACUACGGAGACCACGCCAGCGACGGCUGGUAUCCUGAAGGCUACGCAAAUGAGACUAGAAGAGCGGGGAAAAUAUCGAGGCGCGUCUGCAAUCUGGAGAUCGUCAUCGACCAUUUACUCUACACCAAAUUUUCGCGGCCCGACGGCAACCGCCGUCGAACCGAAGAGCGCUUAACCGGCCUGGUCGCUUCACUCGUUACAAGGGUUAACAGGAUUUUCCGUUCUACCAACUUCAACGGCAUAGAAGAUAUCAGCUUUGUCGUGCAAAACAUUAAGAUCAACGAUACGUCCGACUGCGUGGGGGCAAAAUCUCGGCGUAACCCCUUCUGUACUUUGAGCAUCGAUGUCAGUCGCUUGCUUAGCCUGGCAGCUACCAUAAACCAUGACGGCUACUGCGUAUCACAACUGUGGACUUAUAGGGACUUCGCGGACGGUGUCAUGGGGCUUGCGUGGGUCGCCAAAGUUUAUAAAGGACCAUUUACCUCGGGUGGCAUCUGCGAGCGGUACGCGCAGUCUGUGAUGAAGACGUCGAGCGGCGUGCAUGUAACCGAAACGUUGCAGAGCCUGAACACGGGCGUCGUCAGCUUCUUGAACUACAACUAUUUCGUGCCCCUCCUCUUGUCUGAGAUCACCGUGUCCCAUGAACUCGGACAUAGCUUCGGAGCUUCUCACGACAGCGAGACAGAGUGUGCACAAGAGGGUACCGAUGGGCAGUACAUAAUGUUUGCAUCCGCUACGCGAGGGGACAAGAAGAACAACCACGCAUUUUCCCCCUGUAGCAUCAAAGCCAUAGCGACCGUACUUCACGAUAUGAUAAGAGGCGAAGGAGGACGUGAGAACUGUUUUCAAGAGGACAGUGGGCCAGUGUGCGGCAAUAGCAUUGUAGAAGGUGCAGAACAAUGCGACUGUGGCUUGGACCUUAAACAGUGCACAGAUAGCUGCUGCAAUCCCAAACACGGCGAUCCUCAGCACGGGGGCUGCACCCUAACGCCUGGAGCCGUGUGCAGUGUGAGGGUUCCAAGCUCACAAGUGAUCAACGAAGAUGGUCUUGUUGGCACGACAUGA